UUAUUUCGUAGUUCAUUGGUUGAAGAUGUUUUAGAAGCUAGAAUUGCUGAAAUAGAAAAAAAGAUAUUUGGUUUGAAUAGAGAACCGAAUGCAGAUGAUAAAUUGCCUGAAAAUAAUAUUAUCGAUAGUCUUUUACACGCAAAUACAUUAAUAACAUCUGCGCUAUCUGGUCGAGACAAAUUUAAUACACUGAUCCAGAAAUUGCCAGAAAUAGAAGGAUAUGCGGAAUCUGAUUAUGAACAAAUUGAUUUACAAAACGAUGCUAAACUUGAGUAUAUUUUAGCCAUGGAACCGGAAAUCAGAGAAAGUGCAAAAUAUUUAAAUCAAUUGAAGGAACUAUUACCAGUAUUAGAUAGCGAUCGUUUUAAUAAUAUACCCGACAUGUCAGAAAAGCUACAGAACUUAACAUUAAGCUACAGCAAAUUGAGCGACCAGACAGAAUCGCAAAACGAAGCAACAAGAGGCUUAGUUUCUAAAUACAAUGAAAUACUUACAAACAUGUCGAUAUUAUUAAUACAAUUGGAUGCCGAAGUAACUAAAUUGGAAAAAAUUAACGAAUCUCAAAUAAACAGUGGAUCGAAUAAUUAA